AUGGCAAAGCGUCCCCCCGCAGGGCAUCCGCCAGCCUCUUCUUCGACCAGCAUUCCUGCUCAUCACGGAAACAGAUCUUCGUCUUCCACUUCGUCGGCCGCACCAUCUCCCACUUCGGCCGCAACCUACUACAGCGAUCGAUCUCGCAGACCACCAUCUUCUUCUUCCGCCUCGGACCUCACUCUACCCCCUCUGCACACCGCCUUGGGCUCCAGCUCGCUUCCACGCGGAUCAGCACUACCACCUCCUCUACUUCCGCCCACCUCUUCUUCAUCACGGUACGAGUCGUCCUCCAACCAACCCGCAGGCCGACCCACCUCUCCUUACAAACCUUUCGUCACGCCCUCCCAUCUGAUCCACGGCGGCCGUGUCACGAUUCCUACCAACUCGUCCCGUCCACAGCCUCCUCCUCCUCUUGCGACCAACGUCCCCGCCAACGCCCACGAUCGGCGAUCCGCAAGCAUGACAUCCAACCCAGACGACAUCGCUGCUUCCUCCAAUGGCGCCGAAGCCGCAUCUACCGACGCAGCCAAGAAAAAGUCGACCAAGAAAGCCGUCUCUUGCGAAGCAUGUCGUAGACGCAAGCUCAAGUGUGAUCGCGGCUGGCCUUGCGGUGCAUGCCGCGACCGCGGCGAGUCGAGCAAGUGCGAGUGGGCCGAAGGCGUCCGUCCACAAAACACCGGCAGAGAUACCGGCGACUCAUCGCAGAUCAACGAUCGUCUCGACCGUCUCGAAGCUAUGAUGGGCGCCAUUGCUGGCUCUCUUGGUGUCGAUCUUCCAGGCGCCAAAUCCUCUCCGUCGACGGCCAAUGGUGUAGCACAACGGAAGCUCUCCUCCGUCAGCGUCAACUCGGCCAACGCCGCCUCCACCUCCAAGCUCUCUACCCUCGCAGAGCUGGGCGCCGUCGAGGCCAGCAAAGCCGCCGCUCUCGCUACCACCUCCCCUCCCAAGAACGAAACGCCGCGUCCCUACUACUCGUCCGGCUCCGUCUCGUGGGGGUUCGGCUUCGGCUUCUCCCAGAUGAACCAGGUCUCGUCCGAAGAGAUCACACGCACCACCUUCUACGAGCUGCUCAACCUGCUUCCCGACAAGACCAUCAUCCAAGGUCUCACCGACUUCUACUUCCGCGAGCUCUCCUGGAUGGCCUACCUCAUUCCUGAAGAGGCCUUCCGAAAGAGGCAGCGCGCUGUUGAGGAGGUCCGGCUCUACUGGGAUGGCCGCCCCGACGCUAUGCCGUACGCAGAGAUGCGUGAUUCGCUCCGCCUCGUCUCCACCAUCCACGCGCUCUGCGGAGCGGCGCUCGUCUUUGGCGAGCCCAAGGAGGCCGAAGAUCUGCCCGAAAAGUAUGGUAAGCAGGCCUUCACCAUAUUCCUCGACGCCGCUCAACAUGCUCUCACCGUGCUCGAUAUCUACGAGGAGCUCCACGUCGACAAUGUCCGUACCAUGGUUUUGCUGAGCUCCUGCAUGAGCGCACUGAAAGGUCCCGCCGUCGGGGCAGCCAUGAUGGCCAACAUCUGCUUCAUGGCCUACGCCCUUCAGCUUGACGUGGAGCCUUCCGAAACACUCCCAUUGGACGAGCGCAAGGAUCGCAUCGGUCUCUUUGCGACACUCUGCAUCAGCGAUUGGUUCUCGGCGGGCAACGUCAAGCGCAGCUACAUCAUCGACCCUGCCAACACGAGCAUGCCUUCGCUCUUUGGACCCGAUGCGCACAACAGCGAAUUGGUCUCGACCCAUCUCCAGUACAAGCUCAAGCUCAGCGACGUCGCGCGUCGAGCGAGUCAUCGCAUCCGCAUGAGCGAAGACGAGGCGUACGAAUUCACAAAGCAACUGCACCAAGAAGUCGUCGCCAUCGAAGCCAGCAUCCCCGAGCAUCUGCGUUUUGACGAUUCGCUCAUCGACUUGCAGGAUUCCGACAACCAAGAGACGUGGCAACGAUCCGCUAUGGCCUUGGCGGUGCAGAUGCAACUGCUCACCUUACACAAGCGCUUCUACGUUCAAUCGUGGAGCAACCCAAAGUACAAAGAGUCGCGCGACAUUAGCUUUGCGGCGUCGAUGCUUAUCAUCAAGGUCUUCCGCAAUGCUUUCAAGUGGUUCACGCCACGCGAGAAUGCGACCAUCGACGAGCAGAGAGCCAUGAUCGGCGAGGGCAUGCGCACGCAGCACAAGUCGGUCUCGCGGCUGUGGUUCUUUGCCCAAAUGUCGAUCAUCGCCUCGCUCGUGCUGAUCCACUUUGUCUCGAUGCUCGAUACGCACCCGCAAGAGUCGUGCGACUGGGACAGCUCCGAGCUGCGAGCGCAGAUCACCGACGAUCUCAAGUUUGUACGACUGCUGCUGCAAGCUCUGUCGAGCAAGUCCAAGCUGGCGAUGGAUGGUGCUAGGGCGAUUCAGCCUCCUGAGUCGAACCGCAACAAACGCAAGGCGGACGAUGCAUUGAUGGGCCCCAGCCACGGACCUGGACCGACACGAGGCGGCGGACCGCUGAGUAGCCGCUCAGCGGACAGCGCGCUCAUCUGCAACCCGAGCCAUCAUUCGACCUCGUCCGCCUACUCAAGUGGAUCGACACCUGCCAUGACCCAUGCGCAUCGCACCUCGCCUGCCUACAACUCGCCCGGCUCGAGCAGCACGAGCUCGCACAGUCUCUCGCACUCGGCCUCUGCAUCCGAGCUGAUGCGUCCCAAGCUGCCCUUUGACGGGUCGAUGGCUCCCGCCAAUGCCAACUCAUUUGACGACAUUGAGGCGCUCUGGCAGAAGCAGCCGUGGCAGACGGCGUCGUUGCGCAUGGGCACGUCGCCCGGCGUUUCGCCUAGCUUUGCUGGCGGUGCUGGCAAAGCCAGAUCUGCAUCAGGAACGAGCCAUUCCUUUGGCUCGAAUGGCGCACACAACGGUAGCAGUAGCUACUUCCCUGGCAAACAGCCUGGUCAGGGCGACGCGGUCGCUGCCUCAGGCAUCCCUGGUCUCGCCGGCAACACCACCACCAACGGCGAUACCAAUGGCUCUAAUCCCGACUGCCCGCUCAUCUGUGCCAGCUUCUUCGGUCCAGACGCGAGCUUCAAUGACAUUGCUCGGGCGGAAGCGGCGAUUGGCAGACAAGACGCUAGUUACGGAUACCCUGUGGCUCCCUUGAGCCCUUUCACGGCGUCGUUCAUCAACAGUCUGGAUCAGUACGUGGCAAGCUUGGAAGAGCCGCUGCCGUCCGGCAGUGCCUCUGCCGUACCUAUCCCAGUGACCGGCGUCAGCAUGGCGGUACCUCAGAGUCAUGCCAUGGCCCAAGCUGCUGCGAUGGCAACUAGCAAUGGAUCCACUGGAAGCAGAUGA